AUGAUUCCAACUCGGAGCUUGGCUGCUCAAGGCAGCUUCCUCAAACGCAGUGCAGAGGAAUUCGGCCGUUUGUCCAAGAUUGCCUGGAACUCCGAAGCUCUUCACACACCCACCAAGCCCCAUGUACUACUUGAUUUCGAAGAUGAGGCCACUGCUGCAGACUGCAAGACCUUUGCCGACCGUGCCGUAGGCGGUUACAGCACCGCCAGCCUCGACUUUGAACCAGGCGACGCCUCUACAAACACACCCUCCCACGUUCGAUUCCACGGCAAUAUCUCUACCAAGCUCCCAGAGAACUGGCGUAUCGAGAGAACUGGAUACGCCGCAUUUCGGAAUAAGGACCGCGGCCUUUGGCUUUUCGGUCGACUUUACUGGGAUGUCGACCCCUACGCCUACCUUGCGCUUCGCAUCAAGUCCGAUGGCCGUCGAUACACCGUAAACAUCCAGAGCGAUUCUAUCAUCGAGACGGAUAUUCACCAGCACAGAUUAUAUACCCGGCACCACCGUGUACACAAAUCCCCGAUCCUGAAGGAAGCCAUGAAUUCCGAGUCUGAAGGAGGCGAGGACAUUGAAGAGCUAUAUUCGUCCGGUUUGCCGCCGGCCCUCUCUGACAUCCCUCCUCAAUCUACUAUCAUCUCUACAUCUUCUAGCACCACUACUUCCGGAUCAACAGGUUGGGAGACUGUUCUUUUGCCUUUUAACUCGUUUGUCCGUACGAAUCAUGGCUUUCCAGUUGAACCGCAGACUUCUCUUAUACGUCAGCGCGUGAAGAGUAUUGGUAUCGGUCUCACUGAUCGUAUCGAAGGCCCGUAUGACUUGCGCAUCCAUAAGAUCUGGGCCACUAAUGGUAUGGGCGAGGCGGAUAUUGAAGAAGAACGGCGAAUUUGUGGCGCUGAUGCUUUGCCGCUUGAUGAAGGAGUUCGAUCAGCCUGGAUCGAGAAAGAGCAGCAGUCAAAAGACGUUCAUAGUGAGAAAAUUUCCAACACAGAGAAAACGGGACUGAAAGGUCUUCGAUCGGAAUGGGAGGAGUGA